AUGGAACAUUCGUCUCCGCUGGCCGCUAUGCAGCCUUCACCUGCUCUCUUCGGGCGGUGCUUCAGAUCUGAAGCUCCUACUUCGUACCCAUUGUCCGGGUUUGGUAGCAAUCCAUUCAACUUCAAAGACCUCUCAAUGAAGAAGUCUGGUGCCGAUUACUUCAACAUGGGUCCUCUGCAGGGUUCUUCGCCGGCCGCCAGUUUGGCAGCUGAUCUGUCCCAAAACUUUCAUAUUGAUCAAAGUCCGCAGCUGGUUACGCCCCGGCGGUCUUUGUUCUCAUCCAAUGCGUUGAGUAUGGCCAAUCGACGUGAUAAUGUGUUGACUACGCCCCCGUUGCCCUCGUCGCCUGCUGGUAUGGAUCCUAUGGAAAUGAGCCCGCUGCCGCACAAGCCCGCUUUCAUCGUCACCACCGAGUUUGAGGUCCACUCACCAUCACCAUUGAAUACACCUAUGGACUCUCCAAUUACGUCGGCUGCUCCCAGUCCUUUACAGGCAUCGCCUAUGGAAGCACCGACGUACGCUCCACCUGAGCGACGUCGCCCUCCAUUCCUUCGUCCCAGCCUGGCUAAGAGCAAAGCCGCAUCUUUCCAACUUGGGAUGAACCGAACUGGCCAGGAAAGCAAAGCACCUCCCUUCCGGUUCAGCACCCAGGGAGCCAAGACGUCGUUGAGCACUUCGACCUCGCUGGAGGAUAUGUUUGGUGACUCACCUCCCCAAGAGAGAUCUGUCUCUCGUAACAGCUCUUCCAGCAACUUGGCUUUGCCACGGCUUCGCCCAUCAAUCAGCCACUCUCGCAGCAGUGGUUCGCCCGCUCCAAACUCUAUUCGCAAGCCCUCUCAUCCCUUGAUGCGCCCUCGCAAGCAAUGUCGUCGGUCAUUGAGCAUGUUUGAGAACCCAGCGGAUGUUAUUGCCGAAAAAGAGGCUAAGGUAUCUACAAAUGCACCCCUACAGUCCCUCCAGUCCAUCAGUGACAUCGAAACCGCUCCUCAACCCCAGCUUCCUCACUUUACACCUGAGGAUCGGGCGGACGGUCUGCCUCGCAUCGCCAAAAACACCCUCCUGGAACUUCUCGAUGGAAAGUUCAGUGGCCAGUUCGACAAUGUUAUGAUCGUUGAUUGCCGCUUCGAAUAUGAGUAUGAAGGUGGCCACAUUGAUGGCGCCGUUAAUUACAACGAUAAAGAUCGGCUUGCCGGUGAGCUUUUCAACUCGCCUAAGUCCCGAACCGCAUUGAUCCUUCAUUGCGAGUAUUCUGCCCACCGUGCGCCUAUCAUGGCUAAAUACAUUCGUCAUCAUGACCGCGCCGUCAAUGUCGACUCCUAUCCCCAUCUCACCUACCCAGAUAUGUACAUCUUAGAAGGUGGGUACAGCGCUUUCUAUGCUGAGCACAGCGCCCUUUGCUUCCCUCAAAACUACGUUGAGAUGAACGCAAAGGAGCAUGAGUUCGCGUGUGAGCGUGGCCUUGGCAAGGUUAAGCAGCGUUCCAAGUUGAACCGCGCUCAGACAUUCGCCUUUGGCCAGCAUUCCCCUCAGAUGGAGGAUAGCCCGACUGGUCGCUGCCGCUUCGAUGAAGAGCGCACCAAUCGUCUGAUGAGCUCUCCAUUCUCCAUGUCUGACAGUCCCGUACCAAACCGCACUCCGGGCCGUCGAAUGCUGUCCUACUAA